AUGUUGAAGGGUUUAGAAAACACCCGGCCUAACCUGCACACCCAUUUCCCCUCAGAGAGCUCAACAGGAUCGUGGGUGGGUGGAUGCCUUAGUGCCGUGAGCUCCCAGAACCCGUGGGCCCAGAGCCGGUUGCCGAGUAUCCGAAGAGCUGUCACCAGGAACCCACGGAGUGACCCCGAGGUCCACACUGGACAGUGGGCCCCACUGCUCCCUGGAAAAACCACUCUGUGUGGGCAGGAGAGUGGGCACCUGGGCCCAGGUGUGCAUGUCCCGGGCGACAGCUACACCUACUCUGAACCCAUGCAGACACCCAGUGGCCACCCCAGGAAACACCCCCUGAAGAAAAUCAUGAAGAAAACACAAAGCUUUGAGAUUCCAUUAGCCUGUGGCCCCAGGAAUGUGCACCGGCCAGGCCACACGGGGUUCUUCGUCAGAGGACUGGAGACCACCACUGCCACAGCCAGCCACAGAGAAGGUGGACCCCUGAGCCAGGGUGCUGAGAGCCCCCCUCAGAACUGGAGUCUGUCCUCUCCUGCUAGGACCUGGCCCUGUGAGGACGACGGGAGGAAGAGAGAGAGCAGGAAGCAACUCCAGCACAUAAUGGCCGAGAUGAUUUCCACAGAGAGGGAGUAUGUCAGGUCCUUAGGAUAUGUCAUCGACAACUAUUUUCCAGAAAUGGAAAGAGCAGACCUGCCCCGGGACCUCCGUGGGAAGAGCCAUGUCGUCUUUGGAAACGGGGCGGAGCUCCACGACUUCCAGGGCCAGCACUUCCUCAGGGAGCUGGAGUGCUGUGGGAUCUGUCCACUGGCUGUGGGCCAGGGCUUCCUCAGACACGAGGAACAGCUUGGCUUGUACGUGCUCUACAGCAAGAGCAAGCCCCAGGCAGACGCCCUGCUCCACGACCACGGCAACAUCUUCUUCAAGGGCAAGCAGCGGGAGCUGGGUGACAAGAUGGACCUGGACUCCUACCUGCUGAAGCCCGUGCAGCGCAUGGGUAAGUAUGCGUUCCUGCUCCAGGACCCGGUCAAGGAGGCCGGCCUCUGCCUGGCCCAACAGCAGGAGCUGGGGGAACUUGGAGCCGCCGAGGACGUGGUCCGCUACCAGCUGUGCCACGGCAACGAUCUGCUCGUCGUGGAUGCCAUCCGCGACUGUGACAUAAGCGUGAAUUUGAAGGAACAGGGGCCACUGAGAUGCCAGGAUGCAUUUAUCAUUUGCUGUGGAAGGAGAAAGUAUUUGAGGCAAGUGUUCCUCUUUGAAGACCCCAUCCUGUUCGGCAAGACCACAAAGGUGGGUGGGGACUACAACACCUACACAUACAAGCAGUCCUUCAAGACAGCAGAGAUCAGGAUGACGGAGAAUGUGGGUGACAGCGGUUUGAGGUUCAAGAUCUGGUUCCGCAGGUGGAAAUCCCAGAACACCUACAUUCUCCAGGCCAGCUCUGCGGAGGCCAAGACCACCUGGACCGACAUGAUCAGGAAGAUCCUGUGGCGGCAGGCGCUGAGGAACAUAGAACUCAGAAUGCAGGAGGUGGUGUGUAUGGGGAUGGGCAACAAGCUGUUUGUGGACAUCAAGCCCAGCGAUGCGGCCAGAAGUGACCAGGCUGCCGACUACAUCACGAAGGACACAGGUGAGGCGCCUUGGCCCUCACUCUCACCCUGCCUGCCCACUCAGACCCAGGCCCCACGUGUGCGGUGGGCCCUGUGGGCCAGCAGGAGGGUGGACGGUAAGGCCCACACCAUGCCUGGGUGACCCCAGGGAGAGGAACUGGGCCGGUGCUCUGGAUGGGCCUCUCGUUCUUGAAAGUGGCUGCGCUUCUGGAGCAGAGGCCAGACUCACAUGUUUUCUGUCCUCUCCAGAGUCACAGACCCAAAUGUCCACAGCUGUGCCUGCUCCCGGUGGCCAGGCCGCCCCCUUCAAGAGGCCACAUUCCACCAUCUCAGAGAGCAGCACAUCCUCCUCCAGCAGCCAGCCCUCCACCUGGGGGCCAUGGCGCCUGCAUGGACCCGGCUGCCCAGCCCACGUGGGACCACUGAGCCCCGCC